UGUCAACACCGCGAACAUUGAUAUCAGAACCUACAACCUACUGCCUUCAUGCGAGCCCCGAUGAAUUGAUGAUAUGGAAUUGUACAUGACGAUUUUCCUUGGUCUCUACGUCGCUGUUUGCCCAUCCUAGACGCACCGCGUGUCCUCGUGCGCGGACGCCCACAAUAUCUUAUUUUCAGUUUGAGGAAGCGAGAACACAAUGCGGUUGGACGUUAAGAGACAACUCUUCGCUCGCUCGGAGCGAGUGAAGGGCAUUGAUUUCCACAGUACCGAACCAUGGAUUCUGACCACUUUAUACAACGGCCACGCGCACAUCUGGUCGUACGAAACACAAUCGAUCAUCAAGACCUUCGAGCUUACAGAUGUUCCUGUCCGAGCGGGAAGAUUUAUUGAGAGGAAAAACUGGAUCGUUUGCGGGAGCGAUGAUUUCCAACUAAGAGUCGUUAACUGGAACACCAGCGAAAAGGUGAAAUCGUUCGAGGCUCACCCAGACUACAUACGUGCUAUUGUGGUUCACCCAGUGCUCAGCGUUGUUUUGACAGCCUCUGAUGACAUGACGAUACGAAUGUUCGACUGGGACAAAGACUGGCGUUGCGUGCGGGAGUUCGUGGGACAUCAACAUUACGUGAUGGGGCUUUCGAUUAACCCAAAAGAUACCAACGUGUUUGCUUCUGCCUGUUUGGACCGGACCAUCAAAAUCUGGAGCAUUGACAAUCCGACAGCGAAACAGACUAUUGAAGCCCAUGAAAAGGGUGUCAAUCACAUCGACUACUAUCCUCAUAGCGAUAAACCCUAUCUCCUCAGUACCUCCGAUGACAAGACUGUCAAAGUGUGGGAUUACACAACAAAAGCGCUGAUUGCAACAUUAGAAGGACACACGAGCAAUGUCAGCUUUGCGUGCUAUCACCCCGAAUUGCCUGUCAUAAUAUCUGGAUCAGAAGAUGGGACAAUCAAGAUAUGGCAUGCCAACACAUAUCGGCUCGAGCAAUCGCUUAGCUAUGGUCUGGAGAGGGCAUGGUGUGUCUCGUACCAACGAGGAAAACAGGGUGUCGCUAUGGGUUUCGAUGAUGGUGCUGUGGUUGUCAAGAUGGGCCGAGAAGAACCAGCUGUUUCCAUGGAUGGCACUGGUAAACUGGUCUGGGCACGACAUAACGAAGUCGUGUCUGCAAUUGUCAAAGGAGGCGACCCUUCCAUUAAAGACGGCGGUCCCAUUGCCCUGCCGAGCAAGGAGAUGGGAACAACCGAAAUCUACCCUACCACGCUGUCCCACUCCCCCAAUGGCAGAUUUGUAAGUGUUUGUGGGGAUGGGGAGUUCAUUAUCUAUACCGCGCUUGCCUGGAGAAACCAAGCAUUCGGUUCAGCCCUCGACUUUGCCUGGGCCUCGCACCAAAACCCCACAGACUACGCCAUUCGAGAAUCAGCCACGAGCGUGAAACUUUUCAAGAAACUCAAAGAGAGCGGAAGCCUUGAUGUUGGCUUUCAAGCAGAAGGUCUCAGCAGUGGCUUCCUCCUAGGUGUGAAAGGCCAAGGCGGCAUAGGAAUGUUCGAUUGGGAGUCGGGAAAUCUCGUUCGACGUAUUGAAGUUGAGCCAAGAGAGGUUUACUGGAGCGAGUCUGGAGAACUCGUGGCCCUUGCUUGCGCUGAUGCGACGUACGUCCUUCGUUUUGACCGCGAAGCAUAUCUCGAAGGUCUCAACAAUGGCGACGUUGAUGAAGAUGGAGUUGAGGCUGCAUUCACUGUUGUCACCGAUCUACAGGAAUCUGUGAAGAGCGGCGAGUGGGUCGGAGAUGCAUUUCUUUUCACUACGAACACCCGUUUGAGCUACUUGCUUGGUGAACAAGUUGUCCACAUCGCACAAUUUGAUCAACCAAUGUAUCUGCUACGAUACCUGCAACGGGACGAACGUGUUUACCUCUGUGACAAGGACGUCAACGUUGUGAGCUAUAGGCUAUCAACCGCAUUGCUCUCGUACCAAACCCUGGUGCUCAGAGGAGAGGUCGAUGCUGCUCAGGAGUUGCUUGCGGAGAUUCCAGCGGAUCAGAUGAACAAGAUUGCCAGAUUUCUUGAAGCUCAGGGACACAAGGAACUCGCUUUGGAAGUGGCAACGGAUCCAGAACAUCGCUUCGAGUUGGCCCUUGGCCUCAACAACCUUGCUGUUGCAUUGGAGAUCGCUCGCGAGUCAGACAUACAAGCCAAAUGGUCCUCUGUGGCAGACAAGGCGCUUGAAUUAUGGGAUCUUAAGCUUGCAGAAGAGUGCUUCCUGAACGCCAAAGACUUGGGCAGCUUGCUCCUCCUCUACACCAGCUCGGGUAAUGCGGAUGGUCUAUCCAAACUAGCUCAACAGGCGGAGGAGAUGGGCAGCAACAAUGUGGCAUUUGCAAGCUUAUGGUCAACCGGAGACAUACCUGCCGCGGUCGAGUUACUCAAACGUACCGGCCGGCUCAGCGAGGCGGUCUUGUUCAGCCAGACGUAUAAGCCUUCUACGACCAAAGACCUGGUUCUUGAUUGGAAGGAGAGUCUGGACAAGCAAGGCAAAAACAAGGUCAGUCGCUUGCUGGGGGUGCCAGGAGAGGAUGAAGAAUUGUUCCCCGACUGGGAAGAGUAUAUCAGACUUGAGCAGGAAGGUGGCGUUGCUGAACCGAAAACAGCACUCAUCGAUGUCAGUGGCGAUGAGCCGCCAGCAACGAAUGGCACUACGGAUGCUGAUGAAGAAGAAGACACCGCCGAAGUUGAAGCCUGAAUGAUGCAAAGAGAAAGUGGCAUUCGCGAGGCCUACGUUUUAUGAUAGAAAGGGAAGCCGGCAAAAUGGGAGCCUGGUAGCUUGUUUGAUAAUUGAGCUUAAGAAACGUUGUUCGAAAAGAGAAGAAAGGAACCUCAUUGUCGAGUUCCAUUGUGCAUGUUG